UGUCUAUUCAGUAUACAAUUGUACGCCAUGGAUUCAAGAAUUGCAGUAGUCUGUGUUGUUUUGGCGGUGUUCGCAGUGGACCAAACGGUCGGAGCGCCGCAAAAAGAUGCUGUAGCCGCAAGCGGUCCCGCUUACACUACUAAAUACGACCAUAUUGAUGUUGACCAAGUUCUGGCUUCCAAAAGAUUAGUAAAUAGCUACGUUCAAUGUUUGUUGGACAAAAAACCGUGUACUCCCGAAGGAGCUGAACUAAGAAAAAUUUUACCUGAUGCCUUAAAAACACAAUGUUCGAAAUGCAAUCCCACGCAAAAAAAUGCUGCUCUUAAAGUUGUUGACAGACUCCAGAAAGAUUAUGAUGCAGAGUGGAAACAGCUUCUUGACAAAUGGGACCCUAAACGUGAACAUUUCCAGAAAUUCCAACAAUAUUUGUCAGAAGAAAAGAAAAAAGGUUUUAUUAAAUUUUAAUUAUAAGGACAAGUAGUUAACCAAUUAGUAGUUAAUAAUAAUUUAGUUUUUCAAUACAUAAGAAUGUAGUACCUAUACGCACUAUUUAUCAAAUGUAUACAAAAAUAAUAAAAAUAUCAUUACUUAUUUAUAUGUACAAUUCUUGUUUGUUUAUUCUGUUAAGAUCAUAAAGGAAAUAAUAAAUAUUUUGGUUUAUGUUUUUA